AGCCCGGCGAGCCCAGAGUGCCCUUGUGUGUCGCGCCGGGAAGCGGCGGGAGCGGAGCCGAGUCCCUGCGCAUCCCAGCCCUCCUCUCCCCGCCUCCCGCCAGCGGGACAGGACAGGACGGGACGGGACAGCACCGGAGAGGCGAGCGGAGAAACGGACGGACGCGCCGGCAGGGGCGAGGGGAGCCGGCGGGGGCAGCUGGCACCGCUCCGCGGUGGGAACCUGAACCUGCCCAGCAGCGCCGGAGCCAGCGGAGAGAGCCGCUCUUUCCUCCUCCUCCUCCUCCCUCCCCAAUCCACCCCCGCGACCCUGGUCCUCCUCCUCCUCCUCCUCCUCCUCCUCCUCACCCCACUGGAUACAGCGAGGGAGACACUGCGGCGGAGGCGGCGGCGACGGCGGCUCCUGCGGGGGGAAGGAAGCGCCCGGAGAGCGGAGCGGCGGGAGGCUGCGGAUCUGCGUGCCUGGCGCCCACCCAGCCCGAGGGGAGCCCCCAGGAUGCGGCUGAAGCCCGGCGCGCUCCUGCGCUUCUACAGCCUCUGCGGGAUCCUCGUACAAGUGGCUGCUACAAAGAACAAAGCUAGAGGCAGCCAAGGGCAGUUUCCACUUACACAGAACGUCACGGUUGUUGAAGGGGGAACAGCAAAUUUGACCUGCAGGGUCGAUCAAAAUGAUAACACCUCCCUCCAGUGGUCAAAUCCAGCUCAACAGACGCUGUACUUCGACGACAAGAAAGCUCUGAGGGACAACAGAAUUGAGCUGGUCCGAGCUUCGUGGCAUGAGCUGAGCAUCAGUGUCAGCGAUGUGUCCCUGUCAGAUGAAGGGCAGUACACCUGCUCUUUAUUCACUAUGCCUGUCAAAACUUCCAAGGCUUUUCUUACCGUUCUCGGUGUUCCUGAGAAGCCACAGAUUACUGGAUUUACCUCACCAGUUAUGGAGGGAGAGAGGAUGCAGCUCACUUGCAAGACAUCUGGUAGUAAACCAGCAGCUGAUAUCAGAUGGUUCAAGAAUGACAAAGAAGUUAAAGAUGUUAAAUAUUUAAAAGAAGAAGAUGCAAACCGCAAAACAUUCACAGUCAGCAGCACGCUGGAUUUCUUAGCAGAUCGCAAUGAUGAUGGUGCAGUUGUAAGUUGCAGAGUAGAUCAUGAGUCCCUAAACUCUACACCUCAGAUAGCAAUGCAGGUUCUAGAAAUACACUAUACACCUUUAGUUAAAAUCAUUUCUUCCAAUUCAUGGCCUGAAGAAGGACAAACUAUAAUUUUGACUUGUGAAUCCAAAGGAAAACCAGUGCCAGAACCAGUACUGUGGACAAAGGACGGUGGAGAACUACCAGAUCCAGAGAGAAUGGUUGUCAAUGGCAGGGUUCUAAGCAUCAGUUUCCUAAACAAAACAGACAAUGGCACAUACCGAUGUGAAGCAAAAAAUCCUAUUGGCCGAAACAGCACAGAAUAUGUCCUGAUAGUACAUGAUGUUUUCAACACUUUGCUUCCCACUACUGUCAUCCCCUCCCUUACCACUGCAACAGUCACAACCACUGUAGCCUUAACAGCCAGCACAACCACCUCGGCAACAGCCACCAGCAUCAGAGAUCCAAAUGCUUUGGCUGGACAGACCGGACCUGACCACGCUCUUAUAGGAGGAAUAGUGGCUGUAGUUGUCUUUGUAACACUAUGUUCUAUAAUUCUCCUUGGUCGAUACCUGGCAAGACAUAAAGGAACAUAUUUAACAAAUGAAGCAAAAGGAGCUGAAGAUGCACCUGAUGCCGACACAGCCAUUAUCAAUGCAGAAGGCAGCCAAGUCAAUGCAGAGGAGAAAAAGGAGUAUUUCAUUUAGAUGCAGAGCUAGAAUCUUGGAGUUUUACUUAUCAGGCUGACUGCUGGAGAAAACUGGCUAUCAUUUCUCAGAAUUCAUUUCUGCCAUCUUCUGCUAUCUUUAUUAACUCUCAUACCUGCUAUAAGUAGCCAGUUUAUGCCAACAAUCAGCUGUUGACAUCAUCAUUCUAUAAUUACAGUAUCAUGCGUAAAACAGGACAUUUCUUAUUGCCUAAAAAUCAUAUCCACUGCUCUCUUAACAUACAGUGCUUGAAUAUACAGCCUUAACAAUGUUAAUCAUCAUCUUAAUCCAAGUUUUCUACAUUUUUAAAUGUUAUGCAGCUUUCUUUUUCAGUUUUCUUUUAUCAUGUCCCUACUAGUAUGUCAUAGAACAAAAUUCAUAACGAAUACUAUUAGGUAAGGUCCUAAUUUACUCACAGAAAAUGUUAAGUCUAAGAUUAGAGGUUUACAAAGAAUGUUUUAUAUGUGUCUAUCUGUAAUUCAGAGAGCAACUUGUUUUUGAAACAUCUGCCCUUGGAAACACAAUUUGAAAUCUGUUUAGUAUAGUUUCCUUUAUGUUCGGGUUUGGUGGAAAAAAAAGAUCAGCCCAGUGAAUUUUUUUGUUUUGUUUUGUUUUGCUUUGCUUUGUUAUGAUUGAAGUGGUACCUUGAUAACAAUGCCAUGUUUCAGUGGUGAAAACAUGCUGAAUAGCUAUACAGAUUCUGCAAAGUUAGAUAAUAGUGCUUUAUUUGAAACAAUUUGUCCUACCCUUUUACUGGCUUUUGGAAUCACAAAGAUUAGAGAACUUUCUGAGUAAUUUAUGUUUUUAUAAUUUAUUUGCUAAACAUGAACUCACCUGCCUACUCAAAUUUGAAGUGUUCAUGGGACACAACUGCAAGGCAUUUUAGUAUCUGUAUAUAGUGCAUAUAAUAAAUUCAAUUAAACAUUAUUUGAUACAUAUUCAACUUUUUUUUGGCAGUAGCUAAGUCAGUCACAAGUAAGCAUUUUCUAAUGUCCAUUAUAUCCCUUUAGAUAUGACUCAAAUCAAUAUUCUGAGUAGAUAACAUGUAUUAGUAUUUUUUUGUCUGUAUGUCCUAGCACUGUUCAGCAGCAAACUUUUCUAGUUCUUGUUAAUUUUUUCUUUGUUAUACAAUGGAAGCACAAUGUUAUAUGGGAAGGUAGUUUUAAGCUAACAACCAGUGCACAGCCUCAGGUUUUAAAUUACAACCACAUUUGAUUACUAUCCUUAAAAAAUACUAUUGAGUUGCUAAAAUUCUCAAUUUUUAGUUUGGCAGUUCCAGAGCUGCUUCUCUAUGUUGGUUUGCCAAAAAAAAAAAAAAAGAAAAAGGAAAAAAUUAAAAAAAAAAAAAGAAAGAAAAAAAAAGAAAAAAGAAAAAAAAGAAAAAUUAAAAAUAGAAGUGGUAAAACAAAAGAUAUAUGUUUUGUGUAUACAGUAAAUGGACUAAUUCUUUAUAUUAAAUUCCUGUCUAUGCAUUUUGUGAGGUACAAACUUAUGUCACCGUGAAUGAUAGAGAAUUCCUGCCAUGCUUUUAGCUCCACAGUGAAAGUCUCUGUUUGGAUUAUUUCUGAAAUUUUUUUUUGUGUAAUUGACAGCUGAAAAAUCACAUGCUCUUAAAUAUGACAACAAAACACUGUAAGCCCAUCGGCUUAUUUCCUCUUCCAAUGAAAUGAAAAGGUUGCCAUAACAGCUCUUGGGAACGAUUCUACACUGGAGAACGUGAGUUAGCCUAGCUGGAGCUUGUUUUGCUCCUACGUUUUGCACCUUUGUCAAAAAAAAAAAAAAAAAAAAGUAUUUCUCUCUGGUUGCUGUAUUUGUGAAGCAUAAAAGCAUGAUGGUCUGCUGUAAAGGACUUUCUCCUGGGAUUUUAUUUUUGUGUGGGGAAGGGAGAGUUUGGAGUAUGACAUCAUGUAGUAUGGUAAAAUGGAAGAUAAAGGUGCUGUGUCAGAUUAUUUAUCAGAAGAAUAUAAACCUUUUAAGGACAAUAUUAGAGUAUUUUAAUUGUUUUUGUUGAAGCAUUUAUCUUGUUAAUUUCUAAGAAAAAAAGGUGACGUCAAUCAAAGCAGCACUUUUUUUCAAAAUAUACAGACAUAAAUAAUAUGAUGUGGUUGAGUGUUAACAUAAUAAAUCAUAUACAGUAUGACAUUUUAAAGAAAUAAGUCUGCAUUGAUGUGAUUGCAUGCUUGUUUUUACAGUUCACUCCAUACCCAUCUGUGGAAAAAUGCAAUAAUAUGUUAAUAUAAUAUGGUAGUUUGAGAGAACCAGGUAGGUGCUACUAGACACAUUGAAAACUAGUAUAGGUUUACAAGAUAUUCAUGUCUUUCAAAACAUACACAUGUGAAAGGCUGGCAAAGGAAGUUAUUCAGUUUAAUACCAAAAAUAUCAGUUCUUAUCACAGCAGUGACAUUAAGUUACAUUAGCUACAGUACAGUAUCACCUAUGACAAAUUUUUAUUUCAGGACCUGGGGCCCAGUUCAACGAAGCUUUUAAGCACAUAGUCAGCUUCGGGCAUCAGAGAAGUUCCACUGGAGUAUAAGGCACUAUUCAUAUGCUUAAAAAAUAAGUGCUUCCCUGGAUGAGAGCCUUAUUUGCUCCAGUGGAAUUCCCCACCUGCGUGGUGUUUACAACUUUUUUCAUUCUUCUGAACUCCAGCUUGUUUUAAUGGUAGAAUUGUUACUUGAAUCAUUGCCCUACCAAGGUCAGGUAGGACCUUCCAAAGGAGAAUUGGCCUUGUGGUAACAAUUUCUAACCAUUUUCUCCGGUGGCAUAGAAACAGCAUUUCAACUUGGCAAAAAAAAAAAAAAAAAGAAAAUAUAUAUAAAUUGUACUGAUAUAAAUUGUACUGUUAAACUAGUUUUCAUUGGCUUUCAAUUAAAACUUCUCACAUGUGCCCUUUUUUAACGCAGUUGAUCUUCCAUUAUCUUGUGCCUGGUGAUGUCCCUUGCAUCUGGGCACAGCACAGGUGUGAGAAACCCCACACAGAGCAUUCUACCUGGGUAGCACUUUGCAGGCCUGUCUGGUUUUCACGGGUUGAAAUUACUACACUAGGUGUAAAGAGGCAUCCCUCUUUUCUGUGAGCAGAAUCAUGGCUCAGCAUGAUCAACUCAAUCACAUUAAGUAGGCUAAAAGCCAGUUGUCCAUUCCCUUUGUCCAAGUUCCCAUUCUGAAAAAUUGCUUUUACUAAGGUGUGAGGUGUCCAUCGAGUGUGUAAAAUGGAGGUCCUGAAUGGGAACCACCUUUGUUCACGAUGUAUGUGACAUCCUCUCCCACACUUAACUUGCAGAGUAGUUUUCUCAAGACCAGGUAGCUAGUUUCUGCCAGUGUACUGUUUACAGUGUCUAUUUGCUGAUUAUUUUUAAACUUUUUGAUGUAGAUUUUUUUUUUUAACGCUUCAAGAACAUUCUCAUGAUUUGAACAAGAAAGCGGUGCAUCAGAAGACAAGGGGUGCAUCAUCCCACUCUUUUAGUGUCAUCUGACAAACCAAGAGACAGUUUAAGGAACCUGAUGUUUAACUUGAGGCUCAGAGUUUAAGCUAGAACACUUCAAAAAGUUUCCACAUUUACUUAAGGAUGGUUCGUCUUGCACUGAGACUCCCUCUAUAAAGGAACACAUGAAGAAAACCAACUUUUCUAAGUAAGACAUGAAAGUCAACAUCUUGUGUAUUUUCAUUGCAGUAUAAUAUAUAUAUAUAUAUACCUAUUUCAAUGAAAAGAAAGGACAGAAUCAUCUGUAAUUAUGUAAUUCAUGAUUGUAACAGCACUGAAGUUACCAUGUACGCACAUGUACAGUAGCUCUUUCAACAGUUACAGUGUAGUUACAUGUAAUUCCCUGUAACAUAGCAGUUAUAGUGUAAUUUAGUGCCACUUAUUGUAAAGUGUUACCAAAAGGAAAAUGGAGUUCUUACCUUUACAAUUCCAUUCAAAUUAAAGGUAAGUUUAUUAAAUUAGCAUCGUAAAUCUGAUAUUGCAUUUCUUGAUUAAGGAGGUGAUUUAAAACUUCAUGUUCACACUGCAGCUUCCCCCACCACUUACCCAGACUCCUCCAAAUGUCUAUUCUCUACGCUCCUAGGAACUGGUAAUCUGUGAUGAACAUACCAAAAAUCCCAGCUACUUCAACUUUAAUUGAAUAAGCUGUCUAAUGGAGAAAAACAAACAACAACAAAAAUAACGAGUAAUGCUUUUUAUUAAGUGGCACAAAGUACACACUAAAAACUAUGCAAAAAUAUAGGUAAAUACAGUGUACUUACAUGUAAGUAUCUUGUACUUGCUGUGUAUGGAUAUUGGAAAACCGUGUAAUUAUAAUAUGCAUUUUGAUUAUUUCAGGAAGGGGGUGACCCCUGACAGUCACAAGGAAAAAGCGGAAGGUACAUGUACAAGCAGUGGAUAUCCUAAUGCAAUAUGUGUAAUUCCUCUACUUGCGAUGACAACUAAUUUAUAAAAAUGCUUAUACCACUCCUCAUUCUCACUAGCUUUGCUUUCCAUUUCUUGGAGGCUCAUUAAAUAUCACUGAAACACCUUUAGGCAAAGUAAGGCACUGACUCCGCUAAUGGCUUGGCUGCCAGCGCUCUAUCUGGCAACGCUGUUCUGUAAUCUUAUUUCUGGCUCAACAGCACAAGUUUCCUCUUUUUUUCUGUCCUCAAGGGAACCUAGUAUGUUAAGAUGCUGAAAUAUGCUGCCAUAUGCCCUGGUAUUUUUAGCAUGAACAACAGAGAAAGAGAGAGAAAGAGAGAGAGCUGCAUUCUUCUGACCCCUAUUUUGCUGAAUCACCUCACCUGGAAUUUCCACUACUUUCUCAGUAACGCCAGGUAAUGUUACAUUGUAAGUACAAAAUGCUUCCAUUAAAGUACAGAGGAUGCCUUUAAUUAUAACGCUAACAUUUUGUAAACAUGAAGUUUUGUAUUACUGAGCUUUUUGCUUCUUGACACGUUUCCAUCAUACCCUUCCAGAAGAAAUGCACUGAAAGACAGAUAACAUAGAGCAGCAAAUGAAGAAAAGAAUAUUGUAAGCCUUCUUGUGGUGGCCAUUGCUAUAACCCUCCUUUGUGUCCUGUGUAACAGGCAAAUACAUGCAUUUAGAAACUGCCAUUAGCACCAUUCCACACUAUACUGUUCCUAGAAUAUGACAUCUACCUCUUAGUCUUAAUACUAGCUAUGAGAUAUUUGUAUACAUUUUAAAUACUACUGAACCUUUGGUUUAGUCUUGAAACUAUAUCACUGUAUUUAUUUUUUUUCUGUUAAAACUAUAAAAAAAUAUUGCCUGGGUUCAUAAUUCUUGCCCUGUUCUUGAGUAAUUUUUGGGUAGUUUGAGCUUUUAACAGGGCAUAAAGACACAGCCUCAGCUGGUAUAAAUCAGCUUCACUCUGUUGCCUUAAAUGUGGGCCAAUUUACACUGGCUGGGGAUUCAUCCCAAACAGCUUAAAAAUAAACUGCUAUAACACAUCAAUAUUUAGUCAGCACUAGAUAAUGAUGUGCAAUCCAACUGCAACACAGUUCUUACCAGUAAGGCGUGCAGGUACGAAGAGAAACUUUUAAAAGCACAUGCAAGCUUUUGAAUUAAAUAUGCAAUAUCACUACUGUUUAGAUAUCCUGACUUGUCUCUUACUUAUUUAAGCAUAAUAAUGCCAGGGCAUGUUUACAUUUAAAACACUCAAUGCGUGGGGAACAGAGAAGGACUCUUGCAAACGGUAGGAGAAAAUUAAAUGGAUAGAGCAGCCUUUGAUGUCAACACAGCAGAGUAGAAACUCUUUUCAAGAGUAGGACUUCCUGCUUGGUUUUUCAGAGUGGACCUUGUGCAUUAAAAGAAACUAGCACAGUUCCUUCUUGCUAUCGAGGAAUCUAACCCAGCACUCUGCACUUCUUUUAACUCAGGAGAAAAUAAGGGUACAAACAUGGUUUAACAGCACACUUCUGUAUCACUCCACAUCCUCAGGAUGCUCCAAGCCUUGUGCGCUUCCAGCAGCCCUUAAGGGAAUUCUUCCAGCAUCUAGGAAUCAUCUUGUUGCCAAGCUGUGUUCGUUUUCUUCAGCAGUGUUUAGUGUACUCACAACCAGACAGAAGGUGUGAAGCCAGUAUGAUGACUUUACAGUACUAGGGGCUUCCAGAGCCAUGCAAUAGAUGGAAAAAAUAGAAGAAAAAAAAUUCUUUGUGGCUUCUGUGUUUACUGUAGAUCUGCCCUCCACAUUCUGUGUCUUAAAACAUUUAUUCUCUGCUGGGCUAAAAGCAGCGAUCUAAUUGGAAAGGAGCAGUCUGUGCAACUAUUAAAGAAAAGUUCAAGGAUUUUUGUUGCUUCUGUUUUUUAAGAUUUCAGGUGCAAAGCCAAGCCUGUUGGGGUCAGCACUUUAGCACUUUCCCUGUGUUCAGGGUCAAGCCAACAGUGUUUCAUUUGUGAGCUCUGAUCUCACAUUUCAGCACAAACAGACAGCCUUAUGCUGCCCUUAUGCAUAGUGCUGGAAAUCACCAAUGCUUUUUUCUCCUAAACAUGCUAAUUUUCCUCUAUCUUAUUCCAAAAUGAAAUAUUGAAGGGUUUAUAUAAUAAGUUUAAAGGGAGGGAUUUUAAACUAAUAACUUGUAGAGAAAAUGGCAAGGAUGAUCAUCAAUUCUUUGUGUUGAUUAUAAAGAGGAGGAUAAUCUUUAAUUGCUGGGCUGAUUUCUUUAUCAUUUCCUCUUUCUCUCCUUUCUAUGCAUAUUGAUUAAUGUUAGUAAAUAUGCAGUUUCACAAGUUGUCCUUUUUCAGUGGAUGCAGAUUUGCUUAUAUCCCUCUAUAGCUUCCAUAAAAAUAUGCAAAUAUAACCUACAGUCAUCUGCUUCUGCCUAAACAGUGAGGCAAGAGAGUGAGCUCAUGGAUUACUGGAUUCAUAUAUGUCCUGCUUCCAUAAAAAUUGAGUACAAUACGCCUAUUGAUUAGAAGACAACAAGGCUCAAGUCCUUAAUGCACAUGUUUGAGUUGCUAUUUAGCUCUUUUUCAAAAGAAUUAUAAAGCAAUCCUUGUGCAUCCUUUACUUUUAGCCUAGAUAUUUUAUAACUACAAAAAACCUUCAGUUCAGCAGGAAGUUUCCUAGAAUAAAUAAUAAGGCAUAAUUUGUGAAAGGACUAUAACAACUUCAUCUAUUCAUGGUCAGUGUAAGUGUAUUCUCCUAGGAACUCCAGUAUACUCUGCUCUUACACUGGCAGUUUAUGGCCCUGGAAAGGACAUAUUUAAAUGGGUCGGAAAUAAAACCGCUAACCUGUAAAAAAAAAAAAAAAAUCCACGGGAAUUAAACAUAUUGCACUGAUGAUAAGACACAUUUACUUCAUUUUAUUUCCUCAUUAAGAACUUUAAGCAGACAAAAUGCAUAUUGUAAUGUUGGGUACAUGACACUUGCAUGUUGCUAUGCCUAUAUACUUACAAAGUAUUCAAUGUGUACUUAGUGGCGCUUAAAAAUGUCAUGUACAAUUCUUCUAAACAUUCUUACAGGGUUCCCAUUUGCACUUCAUCUUUCAGAAAAGUCUUGUCAGAAAAUUGUCUGAUGAAUAUUAUUGAAAAAAAAUAAAAUUUCAAUUUUAGUUAUCUGUUGGA